CCAGUCUUUGAACAUAAAACCACAGUCCAAAUUGGCAUAAUAUUUGAGAUGAAACUAAGGGAAAUUAUCACAAAUAUCCAAUCACAUAUAUGGUGCUGUCUCCAUUGUGCAGCAAUGCCUAUCUCUCUCUUGAAAUGGUGGUGGGGAUUCUAGCAACUAGCAUUUCUUACACAAGAACUAUAUAAGGUUGAACCAAGCCUUCAGUUAUUAAAAACCCAAAAAAUGACUAGGUUGUCUCUUCUAAUACUCAAGCUGCUGCUGAUAUUCAUAUUUGCUGGUUGGGUGUCGCUAUGGGUUCUCAAGCCAACUGAGUUCUGGACGAGGAUAUGGAAGGGCAUGGAGGCAAAAGCAUCAACCACAGCGUUUGGCUAUAACGGUCUUGAUUUUGUUGUCUUUACAUUUCCUCUAAUCGUUCUGUCUAUAAUCGGGUUCAUCUACUUGGAACUGAAACGAGGCGAACCAGGAAAUAGUGACAAUUUGAUGCAGACUAGGAAGGAAAACUCCACUCACUGCUCUCUCUAAUCCACUUUUGGUGAAUCGAUACAUAGGUAUUUUAUCAGGAGCACAGAUUCUAACCUCGUCUCUAUUCAUCAUGCUCAUCAUCUGGACUUUCUAUGUUCGUAUCUCUA